AUGGCAAACCCUGUUCCUGUGUGGGGCAGCGAGCACGAGAUUCUCCUUGAACUCAAAGAGAACCGCGCCACAGAGCUACGAGAAUGGGCCUUCACGCACAAUGAUGUGCUUCCCGCACCGUUUCAAGGUUGGGAUUUCACUCUGAAAAGCGACGCAGACGAUGCCACCAAGAAGGAAGCCAAGGUCACCCAGCGUAAUCGCCUUCGCCGGGCUGUCAGACACAUCCUCGAAGAAGCCGGAGUUCCGAUGGAUGAUGGCCAAGCUGCUUAUGGUGGCUGGUCUGUCGUGGAUGAUGAGUCCCUGGAUGAGCAGCAGGCGACGCCGACCAAGUUUUUCUGGCGUGUCGAAAUCGUGUCUCGCCCCAUACGCGCCGACGAGUUCUGGGAGGAUGAGAUGGAGCUGGUCUACCAGACGCUGGCGUCCUGGUUCAACAUCUUCGUCAACAACUCCUGCUCCAUGCACGUCCAUGUCACGCCCGGCACCAGUGGUACGCACCCUUUCUACUCCAAGGAGCAGCUGGCCAGCGUGGCCUGUGGCACGUGCUACUGGGAACACCCCCUCUUCACCAUCAUGCCCAAGGACCGCAAGGAUAACUCUUAUGCCGUGCCGAAUACGAAACAUAUUCCCAAGCUCAAGGCUCGCUACGACGAGUUCUAUGCCGCGGGCUCUACAAAGACCUGGUCCCACGUCUACGGGCCGUUCCUCUCGGCAAAGUCGCGGUCCCUGCUCCACGUCGUCGACCUGAUGUACGGUAACAAGGACCGCGUCAAGCCAGAGGGUAAGCCCAAGUCCGACUAUAACAAGUACAUGUCAACCAACUUCUGCAACGUCCAGGCAAGCUGCGGCACCGUCGAACUGCGCAGACAGGGCGGCGCGAGCUCUCACGAGCAGGCCAUCAAGCAGGUCAUCUUCGCCCUGUGCAUGCACGUCAGCAUACUGGCCACGGACUGGGCGGCCAAGGGCGCCACCACCACCAAGCCGACGGCCCAGCAGUUCAUCACGGAGCUGGUCGCCGCCAUGGGCCGCCUCCCCGUGCAGAGCCACCACGACAAGUUCCAGUCCUGGCUGGAGGCCAUGCACGAGAAAAACCACAACCUGCAACCGAGCCAGCUCUCGUCUGCCGAGGUCCAGAAGAUCAACGCGGUCCAGCAGAAGAACUUGUACGACCUGAGCGCGUUUGCCACUGUCGGCAUCCACUCGAGGCCCGGCACCCCGGUGACGCCCAGUGCGUCCCUGCCCGUCCCGUCCCAGUUCGCCAUCAACUACGAAGCCAACCCGUGGGACAACCCGUGGGUGUGA